AUGCUGCUCCCACGACUAAUAUCCGGCCUGCGGACGACCUGCAGCUCCGUGCUCCGACAGCAGCCGUUCCUCAAGCCCGCCGUCACCACCACUGUCCGUUAUGCAACCCACAAAGCCUCAAAGGCCUCCAACGGCGCCAAAGACGGUCCCGGAAAGCGUCUCGGUGCCAAAAAGACCACCGGCGAAAAGGUUGUGACCGGAAUGAUCAUCUACCGCCAACGUGGAACCAUCUGGCACCCCGGCGAAAACGCCGGAAUGGGCCGUGACCACACAAUCUACGCGCUGCAGCCAGGCUACGUGCGCUACUAUAAAGACCCAGCGAAGCACCCGCGUCGCCAGUACAUUGGUAUUGCUGUGACGCCAACACAGACGCUGCCGAAGCCGCAGAAUGCAGCGAGAGUGCGUAGGCUGGGAAUGGUAGCGGUGCCGCUACAUGAGACUGUAAAGAAGAGCGAUUUGGUGCCGCAGGGAACACCCAUGACCAGGGAGGACAACUGGAAGGUGUCACAGGGAUCGUACAUCCCAAGAGCGGCCAAUUGGCGUAUCGGAAAGGUUAUGCCCAAGCUAGUGAGGAAGAAAGUGAGAGCGGACACAAGGAGGAAGGCAGUGAGAAAGAGGGAGAUUGCCGUCAAGAAGAGGAAGUAG